AUGAAAUUGUGUGCUAGGUUAAUAAGGAGUUUCAAAUUUAAAUAUCUAAUAGCGAAUAAGCCUGUUGCUGCAUUGGCAAUUGUAACAUUUCUCUUUAUUUCUCCUACAUUAGCACUAUCACGUUAUUACCUUCACAAAGAUAAUUCAAGACAUGAUGCCAUAGCAAAAUUUAAAAACAGAUAUUGGGAAGCAAAUUAUUUAAAUAAAUAA